AUGGAGAACAUGAUGCAGGGCAAUAAGAUCAGACGAGUUGCAGCUACUCGCAUGAAUGAGAGGUCAUCUCGAUCACACACGAUUUUCCGGAUUAUUCUGGAGUCGAAAGAUGCCAAUCAGAAAGAUGGACCUGUACAUAUAAGCUACCUUAACUUAAUGGACUUAGCUGGUUCUGAGAGAGUUUCUCUGACGAAAGCUGCUGGUGAGCGUCUUAAAGAGGGGGCUAACAUAAACAAAUCUUUGUCAGUAUUAGGAAAUGUGAUAAGGCAACUAAGCGAGGGGAAGGAGUUUAUCAGUUAUCGCGAUUCGAAAUUGACUAGACUGCUCUCACAGGCUCUUGGCGAUGUAUAUGGAUCUGUAGUAAAACCUUUAGUCGAUUCCUUCAUGGAAGGUUUCAAUGCCACAAUAUUUGCAUAUGGCCAAACAUCUUCUGGCAAAACACACACCAUUUUGGGCAAUAAAACAGAUCCUGGGCUUUUCCAAUUAGUAUCCAAUCAGUUAUUCCAGCAUGUGGCAGACCAGGUUGAUAAGAGGUACUUGAUUAGAUGCAGUUAUAUUGAAAUCUACAAUGAAAAGAUCAAUGACCUCCUGGAUAAGAGCAAUCAGGGUUUAACUAUAAGAGAAGAUAUCAAAGGAAAUGUGCUGCUUGAUGCAAGGGAAGCUGUCGUAGACAAUGUUGAUAAAGUUAUGGAGAACAUGAUGCAGGGCAAUAAGAUCAGACGAGUUGCAGCUACUCGCAUGAAUGAGAGGUCAUCUCGAUCACACACGAUUUUCCGGAUUAUUCUGGAGUCGAAAGAUGCCAAUCAGAAAGAUGGACCUGUACAUAUAAGCUACCUUAACUUAAUGGACUUAGCUGGUUCUGAGAGAGUUUCUCUGACGAAAGCUGCUGGUGAGCGUCUUAAAGAGGGGGCUAACAUAAACAAAUCUUUGUCAGUAUUAGGAAAUGUGAUAAGGCAACUAAGCGAGGGGAAGGAGUUUAUCAGUUAUCGCGAUUCGAAAUUGACUAGACUGCUCUCACAGGCUCUUGGCGGUAAUUGGUAUAACGUAUCGUAUCAAGGAGUUGCAAACGUGACCAAAGGAACUAUCUCUAGCUCAGAUACUGCUAGAGCUAAAUCACCUACUAUAGUAUGGUAA